AUGGUAUGUUUUCCACCGCCUCACAACAACUUAAAUAAAUCACUAACCCGCCUCUUAAAGACGUCCAUAGGCACCGGAUAUGAUCUGUCGAACUCAGUCUUCUCUCCUGAUGGCCGGAAUUUCCAGGUUGAAUACGCAGUCAAAGCAGUAGAGAACGGUGGCACAUCCAUAGGAAUCAGAUGCAAAGAUGGCGUUGUCCUAGCCGUCGAGAAAAUCAUAUCCUCCAAGCUCCUCAAACCAGGCGCCAACAAGCGCAUAUCUACUGUCGACAAACAUAUUGGCAUUGUAUCCUCCGGCCUAAUCCCUGACGGUCGACAUUUCGUCGACAGAGCUAGAGACGAAGCCUACUCGUGGAGAAAUACAUACAAAGGCCCCAUCUCCACAUCCGUCCUCGCCAGCCGGUUAGGCAGUUAUGUACAGGCAUACACACUUUACUCCAGCGUUCGACCGUUUUGUGUCACAUCCAUUAUUGGUGGGUGGGAUUCGGAGGUAGAACUCCCUGUUGACGGACAGGUGGGGUCUGGACCCAAAUCUGGCGCUGGCGGGAAGGUUCCUGGCGUGAAGGCUGGAGGACCCGGAUUGUAUAUGAUUGAACCCAGUGGGCUUUACUGGGGUUAUUACGGUGCUGCAACAGGCAAGGGACGCCAGGCUGCUAAAGCAGAAUUGGAAAAACUCGAUCUCGCAUCUGGCAACUUUACGCUAAAAGAAGGUGUCAAGGAGGCUGCGCGCAUUAUCUACGUUGCCCACGAGGAUAGCAAGGAUAAGGACUUUGAGUUGGAGAUGACAUGGAUUAGUUCUAUGGAUGGGCCGACGAAGGGACGCCAUGAAGAGGUGCCUAAGGAACUGCUUGAGGAGGCUAUUAGGGAUGCGAAGAAGGCAAUGGAGGGAGAUGAUGACGAAGAGGAAGAGGAGAAGCCAGCGGAGGGAGGAGAUAGGAUGGAGGAGUAG